AAGAUUUUGAUUAUAGCUCCUUUUGACUUUUUUUGCUCAACGGUUACAAAACUAGUCACCUUUUGAUACAAAAAGGCAGCAGUGUGCCAUUUUCCUAAAAGCCUUAAGCAGAGUAUCUAUCCAAUGAAGGUUAUGAAAGCAGUGAAGAAGCUAAAAUUCUGGUCGAGAAAGAAGAAGAAACACAAGCAAGCUUCCUCAUCUUCUCAGCCACACCAAUGCUCUUGUGAGUACUCCUCCUUCGUAUCAGCACCUCUUCUUGAGCCCGUGGUGGCGGUUGAGCCUACAGCACCUCCUCUCUCGUUUUGGUUCGACGAAACUCAGGGUCUUUAUGCUCCAGAGACAUCAUCAGCAUCUCCUUGGAGUACUCAGUUCCCUCAGAAACAAGAAGAAACCAUCUUCGAGAUAAAACCGGUGUCUCAAGUUUCUGAUCUUCGCAUCCAUCAGUCUUAUCAGCAGUACAUGGUCCCGAAUCCAAGUAUUGGUGUUCCCAUUAUCGUAGAAUCAGCUCCAGGCAAGAGAUCAUCAGUGGGAAUAUUCGGUUGUGUUAUCGAGUUAAGUUCAAAUGUAGUUCGUUGUUUCUUCCCUUGUUUUAGCCAUUAAUAAAAAAGAAACAUAUCUGCGACAAUAAUUCAACAAAAUCUUUUAACAUGUCA